AUGAUGGCCUUCUAUCCCGCCGCGCGACAUCGUCCGCACCGCAGCAUCCACGACCCGGCGGUGCGGCCCCUGCGCCUGGCCGUCAUCAAAGCCGCCACCAUCAACCUGCUCAUCCUGCAACUGCUCUUUCUCGGGCUGUUCUGCUAUCUGUUUGGGUCCAUCUUCCAGCAAACGACUCACAUCCACAACCUGAACAUCCUCUUUGUGGAUUACGACGGCGGCCCCAUCGGCCAGGCCAUCCGCGCCGCUUACCAACAGCUCCAAGGCCCCGGCUUCCCGACCCUCCAGGAACAGUCCCCGGACCGAUACCCCCAGCCGACCUCCAUCAUCUCCUCCGUCUGUCACAUCCACCACUGGGGGGGCCUAUACACUUCCCCUAAUGCUUCUAACCGCUUAUCCGCCGCCCUCGCCGACCCCGCCACCACCUACAACCGCAGCGACAUCCUCACCCUGGUAUGGAACGAGGCCCGCUACCCGUCCGUCAUCGACUCAGCCAUCCAAUCCCCCAUGCAAUCCCUCUCCAACGCGGCCCGCAUCGCCUACACGCAAUCCAACGGUCUCCAGAUUCUGCAAACCAUGAACCAGACGGACCCCGCCGCCAUCUCCCUCCUCGCCAACCCCUGGUCCCUCUCCUCCAUCAACCUUCAACCCACCACCCAAGGCUCCCGUCUCAUCUACAACACUCUCGUAGUGAUUCUCAUUCUCAUCCAAGAAUUCUUCUACCUCGGCUAUUUGAACGGCCUGUACCAGCAGUUUCAUCUCUACGUGGCAGUGGACGCUCACCGCAUCGCCAUCGUCCGCCAACUCCUCUCCGUCACGUACACCUUUAUCGGCUCGCUCUGCACCACCGGUGCGAUCUGGGCCUUUCGGUAUGACUGGCACGUGUCCGGGGGACAGUACAUGCUCACCUGGAUGACACUAUGGCUCUUCGCUCAUCUCAACUUUCUCGUUCUGGAUAUGUUCACCAUCUGGCUGCCUCCACCGGUGGUCCCGAUGGCGUUGAUCUCGUGGGUCGUAUUAAACGUGACUUCAAUUUUAUUGCCGUUUGAAUUGUCGCCUGGUUUCUAUCGCUGGGGACAUGCCCUCCCCGCGCAUAGUGUCUUCCAGGUCAUGGUGGAUAUCUGGUCCGGGGGAUGUAAUCCGCAGUUGGACUAUGCGUUGCCGGUGUUGUUUGCAUAUGAGGUGGUGGGGUUGGUGGUGAGUACGGUGGGGGUGUAUCGUCGGGCGCAUUAUGCGGUACUGGCCGAAGAGAAGCAGGCUGAGGAUGCAGAGGUACCCGAAACACCAGAGACGGCUGGCGAGGCGUCGGGGGUGCAACGCCAGGAGACCGAGACAGAGGGAGUAAGCGGCAUCCAGCAGGAAAUGUCGAGACUGGACCGGAUCAGGACUAGUCGACAGAGCAUGGGACCGGCGUUUGAUCUGCCGUAUACUGACUGACAGCGAUCAAAUAUCAUUCACGAUGCAGCUUUUAAUGCCAUACC